AUCUGCGACGUAAAGUGAAACGUCAUCACGCUGCGCUUCCUGGUUCGGACUUGUUGCGGGAAAACAAACUUGUUAACAUCUUUGAACGGUUUAUCUCCACCUGUAAACAUUUGGUGUGGGGGUUUUCAGAUGAGAUAAGGAUUUAGCUAAUGCAGGUGUCCCUGGCCUCUGGAGAUCCUCUUCAUCAGUCCAUGGAGUCACAGGGAACUGAAUCCCCGCCGUUGGGCCCGAGGCCAAUUGAAGUCAUCAACUCCAUCCGGGAGCGCACAAUCGCAGAGAACAGCAUGGUGGUCCUGCUGCAGGGCCUGCAAGGUGAGGUGACCACGGUGGACCUGAAGAACGAGAGCACGGCGCGGGGCCGCGUGGUCAACGUUGAUGCCUUCAUGAACAUACGUCUGGAGGAUGUGCUGUACCGGGACAGACGGGGUCAACUCACCAAGCUACAGGACCUGUUUGUCACUGGCAGGAACAUCCGAUACGUUCACAUCCCAGACCAUAUGGACAUAAUGAAGACCAUGCAGAGCCAGCUGGCCAAGAUUCACAGAGUCCGCAACUUUACCAGUGACGGAGGAGGCAGAAAAGAGUACGCCAAGAACACAAAAUAACUUUUCUUUUUCAUAGGAUACAAACCUCAGUUGGAUACAGCUUGUGCAAGGUUAAGACCAGUCCCAAAACACUUGGAGGCAACAAGCAGUUUUUCUUAUUUAUUUUUCAGAUUUGAGGACAAGCAUCACACUAGAUCAGCAGUUUACAACCUGAGGAGUCACAAAAUGAUUCAAGGGAUAAGAACAAAAAAAAUGCACAAAAAUACUUAUAGUGAAUACUUUUACCUCUUCAGGCCUUUAAAAAUCCCACAAAUGAAACACUCUUUGGUUUAACUGCUGACAACUUAUGUGCACACUAAGGCCACGACCUGUGAUGACGGGUCACAAGCUGAAAAGGUUGGCAAUAUAGUCUGACUGAUUCUGAUUUUUGAGGCUGAUACCAAUAAUAAUAUUUGAGUUAAAAAAAAUCAAAUACCGUAUAUUGAGUGAUACUCAUUUUUUUAAAGAAACGCAUAAAUUGGGCUGCAAUUAACAAUUGUUUUCAUUAUUGAUUAAUCUGCUGAUUAUUUUCUUGAUUAAUUGAUGAAUCUUGUGUACAGAAUGUCACAAAACUGUAAAAAGUGACCAUUAUAAUUUCCCAGAGCCCAAUGACGUCUUCUAAUGUCCUGUUAUAUCUGACCAACAGUCUAAAACCCAAAGAUAUAGAGUUUACAAUGAUGUGAAAUAGAGAAAAGCAGCAAACGAAUAAUCGAUUAUCAAAAUACUUGCUGAUUUAAUUAUGUCAAUUGAUGAAUCGGCUAACUGUUGCAGCUCCACACAUGAACAUUUCUGAUGAGGAUCCGUUCUAUUUGUUUUUAAAAGAGUUGUGGUCAAGAUAUGUACUGAGCGGGACAUUUUACAGCGGAAAAAUAAUCUUGUCAGUUCUCUCUGGUGAACAAACUAUGUAACGGAGACAUUUUCUAUCUUUCAUCUUUGUAUUUCAUGUUACUUAUCAGCCAACAUGUACAACGAUACCAAUAUAUCUGUGAUAAGCUGAUAUAUUGGUAUCAUUCGGGCUCUUGUGUGGAACCACUGGGUUGCUAUUGAGUUGAACACUGUCUCUUUGUGUUUUGGUAAUUGGGUUUAAGGUUUGUAAUUGAUACAAACAAACCGUCUUCAAUUUAUUUUGAAGAAGUAAGAACAAUUUUUUGAAAUACAUACAAGAAUUAUGAAUAGAGAUGCUUAGAAUUAACUCAACCGUCUGGUCCAGCACAUAACCGCUGUAUUAAAAAUUAAAUGGAACAUAUUACAAUUAACAGUGGGUGGAAGUGUGGCCUAGAGUGUCAGUGUAUUUGCUCUUGACUAAAUUAUGGCAUGCACCAUAAA